AUGAGAUCCACCGCCACCUUCUUUGCCCUAUUCUUGGCCUUUUUCGCCAUCUCCUGUAACGCCGCUGCCAUCGGUUACCGCACUCCCAACGCCGAGCUCGAGCUCGAGGUCGAGAAUUCAUCCAGCUUUGAGAUCGAGAAGCGCGGUCUCCCUAUCCCCCAGGCUGCUUUUGGUGCCACUGUUGAUCUGUUGGUCAAGGACCACACCAAGAUUGUUGUCAAGGCCUUUGCUGAUGUCUGCACCGACGCCGAUGUUUCCGCUGCCAUCUCCACCUCUUUGAACGUUCAAGUCAGCGGAUUGAUCAACGCUGACUUCGGUUUGGGUACCAAGUUGUCCGGCGCUCUCAAGACCUCUGUCAAGGCUGCCGUCAAGGCUGAGGUCGAUGCUGAGGUCAAGGCCGAGUUCACUGCCAACCUCAAGGUCAACAUCGGAAACAUCAUCACCAAGGUCUGCCCCGCCCACGAUGCCGCCUGCAUCAAGCUCCAAGCCAAGAAGAUUGUCUCUGAGGCUGCCAAGUUGACCGUCAAGGCCUCUGCCAAGAUCCAAGCCAAGAUCCAGACUUCGCUCUCUGCCAAGAUCAAGGCCGCUGUUGACUUGCAGGUCAAGAAGUUCUCGGUCAACUUGUUCUUGAUCAAGAUUAACGUUACUGGUCAGGUUAAGGUUGCUGAGUCCGUUGCUGCCAAGUUCAAGGCUGCUGCUGGUAUCUGCGCCUCGGCUGCUACCCAGAUCCAGGCCAAGGAGGUCAUUGCCAUCAAGGCCAUCUGCUCCGUUUAA